AUGGCUACCUUGGCCGUGGCCAUGCCGCAGGCCGCUCUCAAGCCUUCUGAGAACGCCCCCGCUGACUGCUCUACGAGCUACACCGGAAACUUUGGUCUCACCGUUGUUGAGCUCGGCAAGCGAAGCCUCGAUAAGCGUAGCUCCUGUACGGGCACAGGUUCUCUGGACCUCACCCUCAAGGACGGUGUCCUGACCGACUCCAAGGGUCGCAUUGGCUCCAUCGUCGCCAACUACCAGUUCCAGUUCGACGGUCCUCCCGCUCAAGCCGGCGCGAUCUACAGCUCUGGUUUCUCCGUCUGCUCUAACGGCUCCCUUGCCCUUGGAGGCUCCACCACCUUCUACCGCUGCCUUUCCGGCGAUUUCUACAACUUGUACGACCGUCACUGGGCUGAGCAAUGUUCGCCCAUUCACCUCUCGGCUCUCGCUUGCGGCGCCGAUGCCCCCGUUCCCUCUGGCUCGAUUGUCGGCACCACUAUGGUUGUCACCACUGUCGUCACAAUUAUCGGCGAUGGCCAGCCCCAGGUUGUCCCGACCACGAUCCCCGUGCCUCUCUGCCAGAUCGGUGACGGUCAAGUCCAGGGCCACACCACUCCCUGCGGCGAGCUUCCCCCUGUCACUGUGACGCCCUCCGCCCCGGCCAGCCAGCCCCCUUACACCCCCCCCGGAACACCUGUCGCUCCUCCUGCGACCACCGCGCCUGUCGUCCCGCCAGUCCCUACCUCGCAGGUUCCCGUUCCGGUCCCGUCGGUCCCGUCGACCCCCGUCAACAGCACGGCGGUUGUGACCACCCCUGCCACCACCGCGACUACGCCUGCGACCACGACCACCCCGGCGGCUCCUCCCGUUGCUGCUGGCCAGAACCUGGCUCCGGCCUCGUUUGUUGCUCUCGUUGCCACUUUGAUGGCAGUCGUUUGCCUCAUCUAA